CGCAUCGAUGCGCCUGCGCAAACACCCCUUCGGACGUGCUCAUGCGCAGCUCUCAUUCACUUUCUGCUCUUCCAUCCAAAAAAGAAUAUUGCGCUAAGGACUUUGGGGCUGGAAGAGGGCAUGUGUUGCCAGCUGCAAGGGCAGGCUGCUCGGCCGCUCGGAGCAGGGAAAGCGGAGAAGUAGUGAACUGGUUGUCUACCGGCUGGAAGCUGGCUGCAUGAUGGAUCCUCUUCUAGCAAAAAAGAUCUUCAAAGGAGUUUUGGUCUUGGAAAUGUUGGGAGUUGGUGGAGCCUAUAUGCUAUAUUACAAAAUGGACACAAGUCAAGAUUUCAGGCAAAAAAUGAACAGGAGAUACCCAUCUAUCCUUGAAGUUUAUUAUAAAUGCAAUGAAUGGUCUGGUAUUUAUGGCCUAAAGGAAAAAGAUCAAGAGACAUGGCUGAGCAGUAAAAACUAGCUCGGUUUGUGCCGGAAUUUCUUUUUCUGCUUGAUGAUACUUUUCACAUCUUUAUUGUGAAGCCACCUGUCACGUUCUGCCUCCCACUUCAGCUGUUUGACAUCUAGGGAAGAAAGACAGAAAGCAAAUCAGAAGUUGGCAAAAUAGUCAUAUCCUUUGAAAAAUAUGAAUUGCCUAAGCUAUGAGUUUCAAAAUACAUCAAUAAAGCAUGAAUGACUAGUU